AUGACUCUGCCAGAAUCUAAAGAUUUCACUUACUUCUUCUCUGAAGAAACCAAGGCUCGUAAGCCUUCUCCAUUAAAGACAUGCAUUCAAUACUUUUCUGAUCCUAACAUGAUCUUUCUUGGUGGUGGUCUUCCAAUGAGUGCUUACUUCCCUUGGGAUAACUUGGCUGCUGAUACACCAUUGCCACCUUUCACCAAUGGUAUCGGUGCAACUAUAACCGGCUCUCAAGAAGACACCUCAAAGUUUUCAGUCAAGAAGGAAUCUAAAGUCCAUGAAGGUGACAUUCCUCUGGCUCGUUCCUUGCAAUAUGGUAAGAGUAUGGGUCAACCAGAAUUGACUGAUUUCUUGAAGGAGCACACUAAGAUGAUUCACGAUAUGAAAUACAGCGACUGGGAUGUUGUUGCUACUACAGGUAACACCAACGCUUGGGAAUCCACCUUAAGAGUCUUCUGUAACAGAGGCGAUGUUAUUCUUGCUGAAGCUCACUCAUUCUCUUCUUCUUUAGCUUCUGCAGAAGCCCAGGGUAUCAUUACUUUCCCAGUUCCUAUCGAUGCUCACGGUAUUAUUCCAGAAAAGCUAGAAGCAUUGCUGGACAACUGGACCGAGGGUGCUCCAAAGCCAAAGCUAUUGUAUACCAUUCCAACGGGCCAAAACCCAACAGGGUCUUCUUUGAAUGCCGAAAGAAAGAAGGAGAUUUACAGAAUUGCUCAAAAGCAUGACUUCUUGAUUAUAGAGGACGAACCAUACUACUUCUUGCAAGUUGGUGAAUAUAUCAGUGACCUAAGUAAGAGAGCUGAAGUUGCCCAAAAGAACGCAAACAUUUCACAUGAAGAUUUCCUAAAGUCACUAGCUCUUACUUUCUUGUCUGUUGAUACCGAUGGUAGAGUCAUCAGAAUGGACUCUUUCUCCAAGGUUUUAGCUCCAGGUACUAGAUUGGGUUGGAUUACUGGUUCAUCUAAACUACUCCAAGCAUACUUAAGUCUACAUGAAAUGACUAUUCAAUCUCCAUCCGGUUUCUCUCAAUCUCUUGUGAGUGGUACUUUGAACCGUUGGGGCCAAAAGGGUUACAUUGACUGGUUGAUCGGUCUACGUCAUGAAUACACUGCCAAGCGUGACCAUUGUAUUGACUCCUUGUAUAAAUUCAUUCCAAAGGAUAACAACAAAGAAGGUAAACCAAUUUUUACUAUCAACCCACCAAUUGCUGGUAUGUUCUUUACUGUUGACAUGGACGCUAGCGCCCAUCCUGAAUUUGCUACCACUUACGAAUCAGAUCCAACCAAGGUUGAAGAAGCAUUAUAUCAAAAGGUUAUCAAGUCUGGUGUCCUAGUCGUUCCAGGUAUAUGGUUCAAGGCCGAUGGUGAAACUACACCAGCUCAACCAGCUUCAUCAAAGGAAAACCCUAACCCAAACCAAAUUUUCUUCAGAGGUACUUACGCUGCUGUUGAACCUUCUAAGCUGGACGAAGGUUUGAAGAGAUUAGGCCAAUGUCUACGUGAAGAAUUUCAAUUGGCAUAA